AUGCCGUAUAUUGGGGCAUCUAAUUCUUCCCAUACUUCUUUUUUGAGUUUAAAAGAGAAACAUGCUAUUAAGAAAGUUGCACAAUCAGCUUCGGCCUCUAUAAAUAAUUCACAAGUUGCAUUGUCUGAGGAUAAAAUAGAAGAAGAAGAGCAUCAUAAUCAAAAAGAAAAAAGUGAAGAAAACUCCAAUAUUAAAAGUUGUAAUAAUGAACAAAAAGACGAAAAUAAAGGUGUCUCAAAUCCAGGGAAUCCAGAUGAAACUGUUUCUUCUGUAAUAUCUACAGUUGAUGUCACCCCUGUUUCUUCAACAACAAAAUUACCAAUUACGGAAAAGCCUACAUAUAAUAAUAUUAAUCGGACAAAAUCUAUUGACUCAACAAUGUCGACUUUGACAGAUGUCGAUUUACAAGAAUUAUACAAUUUACCAAACGAAUCCACUCAUUCAUAUUCAUACAAUCCAUUAUCGCCAAAUUCCUUGGCAGUAAGACUAUCGAUUCUUAAAAGAUCUCUUGAGAUUAUAAUAAGUAAUCCUGAUAUGUUAGAAGAUGGAACUUUAGCAAAUAAAAACCUAGACUCAAAAAUAUCUGUUGCAAGCACAGUAAAUGGUUCCAAAAAAUUAGAUAUGCCAAAUAUAAGGGGUACUAAUGAAACUGCACCUGAGGAUAAUAACAAUAAUGAAUUUAGUGAAGAAGAUGUAGUAAGGCCGUCGAGGAGUAUGUCCUUAUCUGUAGCAGAUAAUAUUCCAACGUAUAAUCCUUCACAGAAAUGGACAUCUCCAACAGCUGCAUUGAAUGCCUUUGUCUCUAAUUAUCAAAAUAAAUCACUUUCAAGGAAGAACACUGAUCCGGCUAUCAAGACUUCUUAUACAAUGAAUAAUAUUAAUAGAAGAUCAUUUGGUGGAAAUGGGAAACCUUUCUAUAAUGAUAUCAUGGAUACUAAUAAAAAUAUUGACCUUAAUAUACCAAUUGCUCAUAGAGCAAAUUCAUUAGCAUUUUUACCAAAGAUUAUGAGUUCAUAUAAUAUGAGAAAUAAAGUUAGUACUUAUAACGACCCUAGUUUGGGUAGAAGAGUCACAUCGAGAAUAUCAUUUAGGCAGCCCUUCAGAGAAACAAGUAAUGAAAUGAUACAACAACCAAACGAAUUAUCUACAUUAUCUGAGAGAAGUAAUAAUAAUAGCGAUAAAAAUAUAUUAGAUCAAAAUACCACUGGUAAUUCGCAAUAUAUUAGUGAACAAAGAGAAAAUCUGAUUAACUUACUUGAUUUACUGAAUGAAACACUUGAAAAAAAUACCUCUUUGAGGGCAACUGAUUUGCAUGCCUUGUCAUUAUUUAAUAUAAAGAAACCAGUUCCAGAUAGAGGUCCGUUAGAUAAUGACAGUUCUGAAGACGAUAGUUUCUUCCAUACGGAUGACGACGAUGAAUCUGAGAAUUCCCUAAGAUUGAAGAGAACGUUGCUGGAUAGUUUAGCACAACCAUUUUAUGAACGGAACAUAACCUAUGUGGAUGGGAAUGAAACUCUUCGGGAUGAAUUGGAAGGUUUUGAAGACCCACAGCAAUAUACAGAUACAUCUAAAAAUGCUUCAGAAGAUUAUAGACGUAUUUUAAGAACGUUUGCCUCCACAAAAAAUUCUGCUCCACAAGCCAUUUUUACUUGUUCGCAACAAUACCCUUGGCAAUUUAAGGCUGCUAAUGAUCUAGCAUGUCUGAUAUUUGGUAUUUCUCAGCAUGUAUUAAAGGCUUUAACUCUGUUGGAUUUAAUUCAUACUGAUUCUAGAAAUUUCGUUCUGCAUAAGAUCCUUUCGACAGAAGAUCAAGAAUUAGCCUUCACAGGUGAAAUCAUUGGUAUUGUUCAACCUGGAAAUGAUUCUUCAUCAGGUUCAAAAACUGACCUGGUUUGGGCCUCUAUUUGGGCCAAGAGAAAAAAUGGACUGUUGGUUUGUGUCUUCGAAAAAGUUCCUUGUGAUUAUGUUGACGUUGCUUUAGACUUAGAUAAUUACGAGGUCACCAGUAUUUUAAAGAAGAACAAUAAUAAUAUCUUGGAAGAAUGUUUAAAUUACGGAGGACAUUCUACACCAAAGUUUCUGCUUGGUGCUGGUGCAGAUGAUAAAACAGAUGAGGAUUCUGAUGACGAUAUAAGUACCGAUACAUCUAUACAAGAUUUAACAAAUCAUGUGAGGAAACCGACGCACAUAUUACCUUCAUCAAUAGAUAAAGAGAACAUUAAUAAGAAAGAAGUUAAGUUUGCGAAUGAAUUACAGUAUGUUAGUACUCUAAGUCAGUCCCUAGCAGAUUUGAUUGAUAAUAUCCGUAAUGGGGAAGUAAAGGCUAAGGAUGAUGAAUUAUUACCAAUGCCUGUAAGGGUCUCAAACCAUAUCAAUGUUGUAAGAUAUUUCACACUAAAUCAUUUAUCAUCCAAUAUCCCCUGUGCUGUUUCGGCAUCUUUAUUACAAAAUUCAAUUAAACUAAAAGUUCAUAGUUUACCAUAUAUUGCAGGUCUUUUUGUUAUUGACUCACAAUCUUUACAAUUGGUAAGUUUUAAUAGAUCAGUUUCAAAGAAUAUGUUUGGUUUGCAUUAUUCUGAACUAGUAAAUAAACCAAUUUCAACUAUUAUUCCAGAAUUUAACGACAUGAUCGACUAUAUUUCUUGUAAUUACCCAGAAUUAGAUAUAUCAUUAAGUUCAAACAGAGGAUUAGUUUUGACAGAACACUUCUUUAGAAAGGUGCAUGCGGAUAUGAAUAGUGAUCCAGAAUAUUUUUAUGCAUCUAUUGGUAUUGAUGGUCGCCAUAGAGAUGGUUCUUUGAUUAAAGUUGAUAUUCAGCUUCGUGUUAUAUCUUCCAGUGUAUCGUUGGUUUGGAUUACCCAUUCCAGGGAUGUUAAACUCGACGAUUAUCAAACUAACGCUAACCAACUAAGUAUGUUGAAGGAAAGCGAUUUAACUUAUAUCAGUGGCAACUCUAGUACUGUAUCAUUAUCUAGAAAUUUGACACCAAAGAAUUCUAACCAUUCUAUCAAAUCUUCCCAACUUAGAGAGUCACUUCUAACUGAGAAUUCAUCAAGGAGCUAUACAGCAUCUCCAGUCUCCAGAGAUCGUAAAGAAAAUUUCUCAAUCUCAACCUCGUCCACAAUCACUUCCCAGGAUUCAAAAGAAUCUAAGGAUACCAAAGAAAAUAUAGAAACUAAAGAACCUGUAGUUAAUGGUGAAGAAAUAAAUGACCCAGAGAUGAAACGAAAAUUAGAUUUAGCUAGAAUGUAUACAAAGGAUAAAACUCAGUUCGUCAAAGAAGGGAAUUUUAAGGUCGAUCAGAGCUUGAUUAUAAGUAAGAUUGGUACCCUUGUUACUAUUAGCGAUACUCGUGAAGGAGAAGGGGAUGGUGAGGAUAACAAUGAAUCAUUUGCCACAGACAACGAAAACGACUCUGAUACAGAAGAACCUCCGACUACAUUCUUACGAGUACCAAGUGCUCAUAUUGGUGCUCAUAAACACACCAAAAAGUUCUCUGAUUUUUUCAUAUUACAGAAAAUGGGUGAAGGUGCCUACGGUAAAGUUAAUCUAUGUCUUCAUAAGAAAAAGAAGUACAUUGUUGUAAUCAAAAUGAUCUUUAAGGAAAGAAUUUUAGUCGAUACCUGGGUUAGAGAUAGAACAUUGGGUACUAUUCCAUCUGAAAUUCAAAUUAUGGCUACUCUGAAUAAAAAACCUCAAGAAAACAUUUUAAGAUUGUUAGAUUUUUUCGAAGAUGAUGACUACUACUAUAUUGAGACACCAAUUCAUGGUGAAACUGGUUGCAUUGAUUUAUUUGAUUUGAUAGAAUUUAAAACCAAUAUGACAGAGUUAGAGGCUAAGUUAAUUUUCAAACAAGUUGUAUCAGGUAUAAGACACCUUCACAAACAAGGCAUUGUACAUAGAGAUAUUAAAGAUGAAAAUGUGAUUGUUGAUUCUAAGGGGUUUGUUAAACUAAUCGAUUUUGGUUCAGCCACAUACGUUAAGAGUGGUCCAUUUGAUGUCUUUGUAGGUACAAUUGAUUAUGCUGCUCCAGAAGUACUAAGUGGUGAUCCUUACGAAGGUAAACCUCAAGAUAUUUGGGCAAUUGGUAUUCUUUUAUACACUAUUAUCUUCAAAGAAAAUCCUUUCUAUAACAUCGAUGAAAUAUUGGAAGGUGAUUUGAAGGUUAUUCAAAAUGAGGAUAUAAGUCCAGAAUGUGUGAACUUGAUUAAGAAGAUCUUGAAUAGAAAUGUUCAUAAGAGACCUGUUAUUGAAGAAAUAUAUGAAGACCCUUGGUUAGUCAUUUAA